CGGCUACUUCAUUUUUGAAUUCCCCCUCGCGUGUCUCUCUCUCUGCAAAAUCCUCUCUGUCUGUGUGCUUUCUUGCCAAAUCCUCAACUCUCAUUCUUAAUUCGUUUCUUGUUCUUGAAAAGUAGCCAUGAGAAGCGAGAGAAUCGAUUCAGGCGAAACAGAAACGAGAGCGAGGAUGAAUCUCUCGCCAGAAGUCGACGAUUACAUCAAAGACACCAUCGAUCACUCCUUAGGGCUUCCCAUCUCAAUCGAAUCUCUCCAAACGAAGCUUCUCGCGGCUGAAGAAGCGCAGCGCCGUCUCCGAGAUCAGUAUCUGGCUCUCCUCUCCAGAUCAAAGGAGAAAGACCAAGUGCUAGAACGAGUUAGGUCGGAAGCGAGUAUGAAUGCACAGGCGUUGAAGAAGUUCGUGGAGGAGAACCAGAAACUGGCGGAGGAAUGCGGAAACUUGUUGAGGCAGUGUAAGAAAUGGGAAAGAGAGUGCUUGCUUUAUCAUCAAGACCGUGACGCCUUGAUGGAGUUCGGGAACGAAUCGGAUGAGAGGGCGAGAGAUGCAGAAGCUAGGGUUCGUGAAUUGGAAGAGGAAGUUGCUAGAAUGUCUGAGGAAUUGCAGCUUUGUAAGCAACGACAAAUUGGGAUUGAGCAAGUUGAUAACAACUGCUCACCACAAGAAGAAGAUUUACUUGAUUCAGUUUUGGGAUCACUCAUAAGCAAAGAUGAAAAUACCAUCGGGCGUCUCUUCUUAGAGGCAAACGUUCAAGACCAAUCCUGCCAAGCCUUGUUGAGCAAAUGGGAUCGGUUAAAGCCUUCAACGCAAAAGGUUCUGUCUUUAGUUUCGGUGGCAAAGAAAUUUGAAAAAGAAAGGGAAUGCAUCAUCCAGAAUCUCGCUAAAGCCGAACAAGAGGCAGAACUUGUGAGCAUACAAAACCGAAAGCUGGAUAAAGAAAAUCGCAAGUUGUUAAGGCAGCAGUUAAGCCCUCUUGGUUCUUCUGAGACAAGCCACAAAAGCGCAUCUGCUAAGUCAAACAAGAGAAAGUGUCCAAAGAUGAUGAGCAGCCCAAUCGAGAAGAUGCUUGAGUUUAGCGGCAGUCCAGAAAUUGGCAGGAAGCCUCUAUCACCUGUGUGGGAUAACUCAGCAGAUUCUAGGAUGAACAAGAAGUGAUGAUAAACACGUCUCUGUAUUAUCAAUGUGUGUGUCUUGUUGGAAGAGGGAAAAAACAAAACUGAUUCGGAUUACAUUGUCGCUUCUCUGAAGCUACUUACCAUCACUGUGACAAAAUGUAGAGAAUGUGGUUUCUUUCUCUAUGUGGGCAGAGAUUCCCCUAACAUUGUAGAAAAAAAAAGAAUUAAUGGCUUGUUUCUAACACAA